UCUCUUCGACAUGCUGAMGGCAGCACACUGCACAAAUCGUCACUCGAAAAUUUCGCUGAAAUGUUGUGAAUUUUGACUUGAAAUUUCCAAAAGAUUGAUUUCAACAAUUAAUAAUGAUUUUUUGGUCUUCAUGAUGUCCUAAACUUUCACUUUUGGGAAUUUUAUUCGAGCGAAAGUUUGAAACAAAAUGUCGCUCGAAGAACAAGGCAAGAUGGCGRAUCACGAGMAACCACCAAAUGAUAACAACAUCGUUCCAAAUGUUCCAGCCACAAUUCUAAGUUACAAUACUAUCAAGGAAAUCUCUUUGGAAUUAUGCAUGGUUGGAUCAUUAAAAAACUGGAAGGACGUAGCGGAUUUCUUAAAAUUCACGAACAACGAAAUCAAUGGACAUUUUGCGAACUAUGAUGGCUGUUUGCCUGCUCAACAUAUGCUCAAUAAUUGGAUUUACGAACGGGAUGGACARUUACCUGAAUUAGUUAAGGCUUUUAGAGAGUUGAAAAUUGAGUCGUGUCUAGAWGAAUUGUUAGCUGAUAAAGCUUAUCAAGCAGCUUUAAAGUACUUCAGGGAUCAUCGUGAUGAUGAUAGUGAUGCAUCCUCUGGUACAGAAUCAAUCAGCGAAGACCCAUCAUUUCAACCGCCCACAACCUGUGAUGACAAAUCAUAUUGCAUGGCRUCUUCUAGCAUGCCUUCUCUUCAAAAACUUGAAACAACUGAUAAAUCUUUGCCAAAAGAUAAACAGGAAAAUAAAAAGGAAAACAAUAGUUUUCAAAGGAAAGAGGGUGACUUUAAAGUGCAGUCAGAGAAAACAAGCGAUAAAAAACUCAAAGAAAACCCCCAGAAAUCACCUAUAGAUAGCAUUGUGACGCUUGCUGAUUGGCCAAAGCCAACUUAUGUGAGGUCCAAGUCAGUACCGGCCCCUGAAAUGGACAAUGUUAAUGUUUCAAGGAAAUACAAUAGAUCAAAAUCUGAAGAAAAGAAGAAAAACAAAAGGACCAAAGUCAAAAAACCCAAGUUCUUAACAAAGCUCUCACUCCGUCCGAAAAGAAAAACUCCACAAGUUGAUGAUGUGAAAGUAGUAAACGUUCAAGAACGCUACGAAGAACCUAAGACAACUGAAAUUACUAAUUUAUCACCAAUUAAAGGGGAUGAAAUCCCAGAGAGUGUUGAUGACUCAUGUGAAAGACCUAUCAGUUCCAGUUCAGAGGAUUCUCUUCCUUCUUCUCCACGAUCUCAGGGAUAUGGAUCAGGGCUGGAAAAUGAUGAAUCUGAGAAUAAAAACAAAAGAAUAUACAUCAUCUGUAACCCAGGAGAGCCCAAGAUAUUCAGCAAAGCCUUUGAACUAUACCUGUGCUUUCAAAAGAAGGGCUAUCAGUGCAACAUAUUUGCAAUGAAYUUCAAYGAAGAAGUUGAGAUUGGUGUCUUCCGUUAUCAAAUGGAACAGUUUAUUCGUGCUGAUCAUCUGUUCUUAUGUGUGUCUGAAGAACUUCAYAAGAUCUUUGUGGAGCCCUGUAGAAAUAACCCCAUCAAAGAUGAAAACUCCAAAAGCCUACGACAUGUCUCUGACUUAAUGAUGGCAUUCCUUGCCAAAAACUGCUGCAACAAGAAUGGCAAGAUUAUGCCAAUCCUUUUGACYAGCAACUCUCGCGACCAUAUCCCAAUAUUCCUUGAGGGCUACUUUGCAUUUGAGUGGCCUGAGCAGGAAGCAAGGAUGGAAAACAUAAUUCAUCGUCGACCAGAGUUCUCCAUUCCUGUAUCGCACCUGGUAGAACAGGCUCCCCAGAAAGUGUUUGGUCUCAAGGCAGUCUAAAACUGAAGUUAGCAAAGAGAAGCAAUGCCCCAUGCAAAAAGCAUUGUACCAGGAGUAAGUUAAACAUGGAACUUGAAAUAUGUGAUAUCUAAAGAUYUUUACCCAAAGUACAACUCAUGUCAAAGACAGAAGAAACUAAGAUAAAAGAUGGUGACUUUGAAAGCAACUGGAGUAACAUCAACUUAAUGUGGUAAUCUUUUAAGGACAAAACAAGUUGAUUAAUUGCCAACAAAACCSAUGCAUUGCAAAAUAGAUAGUUUGAAGUUUGAUUAUUUGAUAGAUUUUGAGGUUUUCUGUGGUGUAGUUUCAAAUGCUUCAAACAUUUAAAUUCAGAAAAUGCUUGCUUAUCUACAGAUCUCUCAUAUUGAUUCAAAUUGAAUGAUUAAAAUUUUGUGCAUGCUAAUUAAGUCAGGAAAAAACAAAUCAUAGCAAACUUCAAAACAUGGAGGUCGCAAUAUGAUUUUAUGUAAAUAUGGUAUUAUCAAUUUAAUACUCGACUUGUAGAGUUUUAGAAAAAAAAAAUAUUAGCUGAGUAUUGUAUAUUGUAUGCAAUAGUGGUUCAGUUUUUCUUAGGCUGAUAAUUGAUCCUGUUUGAAACAUACAAUAUAUGAAUCUAACUAAUAGAUUGAAUCCACUGUAUAAAUUAUGAUAAUUGUCUUUUCCAUGCAAAAAAUUAUUGCAUUAUAUGAACAUGACACUGYUGAAUAAUAAGGUCUUUAGUGUUAACAUAGUCUAAUAUAGAAAAAAUCUAGACUGUAAGUACAGACCGGGCGCAGCAAGGUCUGUAUGACUGACYAAGGUCUACAUUUGGCUAUAUCAAGACCAAGAAAGCUCAGUUAAGAGUUUUAUUAUAUGACUGCUUUCAUUGUUGGCUAAAUAAUAAUCCAAACUGAUAGCACUGGACAUAAAAUUUUCAAACAGCUAAAAAUCUUAUACACUUUUUAUGGACUACAAAAUCUUCCAUGAUUUUUGUGAAAUCUUUGAACCUUUUUCCCCGUCUUGUUGCUUACUGUAUGUUUUUGGUAUGUUUUUACAUUUAAGUACCAAUUUGCAAAAAAUUGCAAAUCAAGAAGCGUGAGAAAAUUUAGACCAUAGAAAAAUUGAGAUCACAGCUCCAAUAUACACGGUCAUAUAAUAAUCAAUUGCAAAACUUCGAGGCCCAGCUUGAACAGAUACAACAUCUCUAAGUUUGAUUGCAUACACUGUACAUAGUUGAUGUGUAAUUAUAUACAUUUAUCAAAUUCAUUAAAUACAUGUAAGUUAUUAAGCACAAAGGAAAAUCAUUGCCGUGACCAAAUCUUUAUACAUGUAUGUUGAGCAAUCUGAGAUUUGUCCUAAUUAUUGCAUAAAACUUUAACUUCGAUUUUGUCUUAAAAAUGAUAUUUUAUUUUAUCUUGAAGUUUUCGCAAAAUAUGCUUUAGCUCAAGUUGGUAUUUGAUAACUGUGUCCAAAAUUUAUGGGCUUUAAAACUGCUCACUUACAGCUCAUAUUUUAUAUAUUUCCUAAAAUAUAUUCUUCUGUAGUUAAUAUUCAACAAUAUAUAUUGSUGAAAUCUUGAUCUCCUUUUACUUUCUGUUCAAUGUCAAACUUGAAUAAGAUGAUGACAGUAUUCAAAACAGGAUUUUUAAUUGAAGGCACUUUAAAAAUAGUUGCUGAAAACAUAGGCUUGCUUCAAGUCUCUCUUGCUGUUUUCUCAGAGUGAAGAUGGAAUUCCUUGAACUGAACCUCAUCUGGAAGAGUUACUGAUUAUUAAGCUGUCAAUCAGACUUGUCAAACCCCUAGCCUCAUUAAUAUUAUAUUUUGAUAUUAUACACUUUAUUACAGCAAUUUACUCAGACUCUCAGAUCAUGAGCAUUUCUGAAAGUAUCUUCCUCUAGCAAUGUCCUGUCUUUUUUGCAACUAUUCAUAUCUAAAUUUUCAGCUAAAAUGAAUACAGAUAUUGAAAGAUUUGAUAUUGGAUCCCAAUCCAACCCAACCCAAUGGAUUGUGAAUGGAUCUUUCAAGGUGACACCUUUUUUGACAAUAAAAUAUCUAAAACAUGACUGCCAGCAUUGAAUACAGGAGGGCCAUGCAUAUGGCUCUCUUAAGAGUACACAGUAAAUACUGGAAUCCUUUAGUUCCCUGUUGUGUAACAUCACCAUGAUUUAUUUUAAUAGUAAUUUUUAAAGUAAAUUAAUCCUGGUGUAUCAGCUCAUCUGUGGCUGAACAUUGCACACAUUUAGAGUGGUUUUCAUUAACCCAUGGAAUACACUUUAGAUUCUUUAUUGCACUUUGUCUCUUGUUUUCUAUUAUAUUUCUUGGCUAUUACACUUUGACUAUUACACUUUGUUUCACGGGUUAAUGAAAACCACUCUAAUGUCUGUAAAUUAGCAUCCAGUUAAAAGUAUGCAACUUUCAUGUUAUACUGUAUCAUAUACAACUUACACACUUCUAUAAGUAUGAAUCAUUCCUUGUAGUUAAUAUACAUUUGUAGGCUUGAGAAUGAUUAUUAACGAAAUAAAAAUAUUAAUUUAUUCAAAGAUAUUGAUUGUCAUUUGAGCUUCAUUU